AGUUUCGUGUCUCUGACUCUGAGGUAUGGCUUCAGUUUCCCUGUUAGGGUUUUCUAUGGCAGAUCUCUGUUUGGUUUCCGAGAAAAUGCAGCAGAACUUAGGAAGGGAAGUUCAGAACUUCAUAAUAUUUCGAUAAUGGCAGGACCAGGAAGUUCCAUGCUUUAUUCCUUUCUUUUGUUCACUGUUAUUCUUUCCCUUCAAGAGAUGUAUCGGGGAAAGUUAGCAUCAACAGAGUUAUUCACCAUACUUGGAGGCUUCAUUAGUUCUCUUCUAUUUCUUGUGCUGCUAACGUUCCUUGGGAAUUUCCAGGAAACCUGUGGCAUGAAGACUGGCUGGGGCACAGUUAUAUUGGCAGAAGCUGUUGCUCUCAUUGCUGCCGGCACUGUUCAUCGAGUUUGCAUCACAACAUGCUUCUUGUUCUCGGUAGGACUGCUGUAUGAGGUAAACAAGCUUUCAGGGGUGGUACUUUCUAAAACUGAAUCUAAAACAAGGCGACACUAGGGGGAUUGGAUCCUAUCGUCAUGCUUUGUCAAGUGUUUGCGAGAUUUAUUAGAUCCAACUCUGAAACUAGUCAUUUGUACGGUGCCCAGAAGAUAGAUGGGACUUAUUUUCCUGCAUUCGGGAAAAAAAAAAAAAAGAGUAAAUUUUUGUUUCAGUAACAAUUUCUGCUUCGCCUGUUCAGUUUGGGUGCAAGUGUCUUUCUAUAUACUAAUCUAGUAGCAUCGAUUCAAUCAAGAGUUCUAUAGAGAAAUUUAUGAAUUUUCAAACAA